AUGUGUCCACAAUUUAUGGUUUGUCCUGAUGGAGUAGUGAUUUGGAUAGGAUCGAAAGUCGAAGCGAAAAAUUUACUAGCGAAGGUGACACACGAUCUUCAUUUAAAAGCGAAUUUUACGUUGACAUCGAAUCUUUUAGACUCGGUUUAUAUAAUGCAAGAAUCCAAGAGCAAAAAACGUAAAAGAGGAAAUAAAGAGAAACAGUUACCAGAAACCGAGAAUCAAAAGGAUGUUAACUUAUGGCUUGAAUUUAUUGCAUUUCAAGAUAAAAGUUUACAUUUUGGAAAAAGUAAAAAGGCUGAUGCUUCUAUUACAAGGUCAAGCAUUAAUGAAGUGAAAAUUAGUAUCUUCGAGAAAGCCUUAGAGACAAAUCCAAAUGAUACUACCCUUCUUAUUGCUUACAUGAAAUGCUGUCAAGAGCAUUGGGAUAUAACAAAAGUACUCACAAAAUGGGAUCAAAUUCUCAAAGAGAAUUCUAGAAACAUUAGUCUUUGGAUGAAAUAUCUUGAUUUUCGGCAAACAAAUCUUGUUUCUUUUACAGUUAGUCAGUGCAUUCAAGUCUUUGAAGAUUGUUUGCAUUUGCUUCGAAAGGAAGUCGUAGUAUGUGUUGAAAAACUUAAAAUUGAGCAGAUAAUGAUACAUAUUUUCCAACGAGCUUGUUUUUUUAUGUUACAAUCAGGCUACACUGAAAGAGCAUAUUCAUGUUGGCAGGCAAUGAUAGAGCUUACUUUUUUUGCCCCAGAGGAAAUACAACAAAAAGAUUUUUACGAUCGUGUAGUUGCUUUUGAAAACUUUUGGGAAGCAGAAUGGCCUCGUUUCGGAGAAGAUGAUGCUAGAGGGUGGUCUUAUUAUUUUGAGAAAGACGUUGAAAGUUUUGAAUCUUCUGAUGUUACCUCUAAUCUUUUAGCAAAUAUAUCAUCUGAAGGCGAUAUGUACGAGAAAUGGGCCGAAGCUGAGAUCGCUUAUAACUCUCAAUUGCUUUCUAUGCGUUCAAGUAAUUAUUCUAAUUUAGAGGAUCCUUACCGUGUUGUUAUAUUUGACGAUAUCCGCACGUUUCUAUUUGAUUUAACGUCUCAUCAAUCACGUAUUGAGCUUAUAUAUACUUGUCUUAAUUUUACUGGCUUGACAUAUAAUUUUGGACACUCGUCAUUGAGUUCGAUGAUUACAGACGUGUUUCUAUAUAAUAAACUCUCAAAUGAGUCAAUUGAAAAUGUCAGUUUCUGGUCUACAGACACAUCUGUUACUCGCACCUUUACAUUUCCAAUCAAGGCAUUCCCUCAAGAUGAAGUUACAUUGUUCAAUUCGCAAACUUGGUUCUCUAUUUGCAAUGAUGUUGAUAUUAUGGACGUUAACAUGAAUUUUUCUAGGAAUGCUUUUUAUCAAUUACGACAGGUUGUAAAUGAUACAGAAAUAAAAUUAUGUCGUCUAUCACUUGAAUAUCUUUACGAUGCAUCAAGUGGGCGGAAUCUUGCAAAGAAUUUGCUCAAACGCGACACCAUGAAUCUUUCACUUUGGAAUGGUUAUGCUCAAGUAGAAAAAUCUUCAAAUAAUAUUUCUGAGGCACGUAAGGUUUAUUUGGGAGCUAUCGCUCAAUAUCGCACAUUUCCUGAACAAUACCGUAUUAUGGCACCAUUAUUACAUCGAUCAUUCGCAGAAAUGGAAAUAGAACAGGGCCGUCAUAAGACUGCGAUUAAUAUUCUCAUAAAUUUGACUGAAGAUCAGGGGACGACAGAUUCAAUUUCUGAAUCAGAUGUCUCUACCACAAAGUUACUGAGGGCCAGAAAGUACUAUUCACAGCAAAUAGCACGAAUUACAACUCCUUUAACUUCACAGAUUGAAACACGUAAUUCACUACAUUACUGCGUAUGUUAUGCAUUGUUAGAAUGUCUUAGUCAGAAUUUACAGCAAGCGAGUAAAGUAUUUGAAGACAUGCUACAUUACUUGGAAAUUAGGAGUGAUAAUGUUAAUGUCGAGACAGACACUUAUGUAAAAUUAAUUUUUCAACAAUCAUUUUCUGAAAAAUUUGUAUUAGACAAUGAGCCUGGAAAAUUAUUACAAGAGGUACUUUCAAGAGCAUUACGUCUAUUUCCAAACAAUACUAUAUUUUUAUCAUUAUAUUUCCAUGAAGAAGUUCGUGGAAUGAUACCCCGUGGAUUGAACUCAAUUUUAAAUGAGGCCUUACAAAAGAGGCCAAAUUAUAUUUUAUGGACUAUUGCCAUAUAUAUGGAAUUACAUAACCAACAACCAUGUGAUAUUAACCGUGUUCGAGCGACAUUCGAUAAAGCAUUAAAUUGCAUCACAACAAGAAAUUCUAUAGCAUUAUGGAUUUUGUACAUAAAUUUUGAAAUUAAAUAUGGCGAAUUAAAUAAAGUCAAAGCUAUAUAUUAUAGGGCCAUAAGAGAAUGUCCAUGGUCAAAGGAUCUUUAUAUGAUUGCAUUUAAAAAAUUGCGUGCUCAAUUUACAUCAGAUGAAUUGGAAGAAAUUAUGAGUGUGAUGUUAGAAAAGGAGAUUAGAAUAAGAGUUCAAAUUGAACAUUUUACUGAUAAA